AGAAGCACAGCAGCAGUGUGUGUCUGCAGGUGUCAACAACAAAAUAUUAAAACACACCCUCAUUAGCACAACACUUUUAAGAUUUUCCUAGUUCUAGCCAGAGAAAGGACCAAAAUGUUAAGAAGAAUAUUACAGAUGACUCCUGGGAAAGGAGGCUCCCAGAGCUCGGAGUCUGAGCAGCCGUCUGCUGAUAUGAAUAAUGAGUCCUCAGAGGGCUUCAUUUGUCCCCAGUGUAUGAAGUCACAUAACUCUGCUGAGGAGCUCUUCAAACAUUAUGAGGUGUUCCAUGAGCCAGGAGGCCAGCCGUCCCCCUUCAGCCCUGGCAGGGAGGAUCUACCCCUUCUUCGUCAGGAAGUCCAAGAUUUACAAGCUUCACUGAAGGAGGAACGCUGGUUUUCUGAGGAAUUGAAAAAAGAAUUAGACAAAGUACAAGGACAACUAGCAACUAACAAAGGCCCACAGAGUGAUGGUACUGGUGAAAAAUCAGAGCUCGAGAUGAGGCUUAAUGAAUCUGAGACCGAGAAAUUCAACAUCAAACAGAUGAAAGACUUGUUUGAACAGAAAGCUGCUCAGCUUGCAACUGAGAUAGUUGACAUCAAAUCUCGUUAUGAUGAGGAGAAAAGCAUGAGAGAAGCACUGGAGCAAAGGCUGGCCAAUCUAAACCAAGAUCUGCAGAAAGAGAAACAGGAGAAGGAGAAACUGGCAGCAGAGCUGCUCCAGAGGCCUGGAGUGGAAGACGUGGAGGUGUUGAAGAAAGAGCUGGUGCAGGUGCAGACGCUAAUGGACAACAUGACCCGUGAGAGGGAGGAGGAGUCAGAGCGCCUCAAGAGCCAAUACGAACAGCUGCAGGCCAACUUCACUACCUCAGAGACAACGAUUGCUCAGUUGAAGGCAGAACUGGAGAAGGGUCCUCAGGAGGCAGCGGUCUACACCCAACAAAUCCACCAAUUACAGAGCAGCCUCAACAACUACCAGCACCAGACCCAGCUUUUGUCACAGAAGUUAUCUCGUAAGGAGAAGGAGAGUCAGGAACUCGAGGAGCGUCUGGGUCAGGAGCAGGCCUCUAAGAAGAGUAUUCAGGCUAGUCUGCACCAGAAAGACCUGGAGCUCCAGGAGAGCCAAGCCCGGGUGUCAUCGGGAGAGACAGCUCUGAGUCGGGUCCAGGCUGAAUUGACCGAACGUGGGGAGGAGGCUGCACGACUAAGACGGGAACUCAGUGAGCUGGAGAAGAACCACCAGGAGUUGAAGGCAGAGAGGAAGCAACUUCAACAGCAGAGAGAAGAUAAAGAAAACCAGGGCCUGCAGCAGCAAAGUGAGAUCAGCCAGCUGCACACGAAGCUGCUGGAAACCGAGCGUCAGUUGGGGGAGCUGCAGGGCCGGCUGAAAGAGCAGAGACAGCUGUCAGGAGACAAACUCAAAGAUCGGGAGCAGCAGGUGGCAGACCUGCAGCUUAAACUCUCCCGCUUGGAGGAACAGUUAAAGGAGAGCUCUACCAAGUCUACUGACUUGCAGCAUCAGCUGGACAAAUCCAAACAGCAGUACCAAGAACUACAAACACUUCAACAGAGCACUAAUGGCAAACUUAGAGAAGCACAGAAUGACCUGGAACAGGUGUUGCGUCAGAUUGGGGACAAGGACCAGAAGAUCCAGAAUCUUGAAGCUCUGCUGCAGAAGAGCAAGGACAGCGUGAGCCAGCUGGAGGCAGAGAGAGAAGAUCUGUGUGCUAAGAUCCAGGCCGGUGAAGGAGAGGCAGCUGUGCUGAACCAACUGAAAGAGAAAAAUCACUCAUUACAGGAACAGAUUACGCAGUUUACCGACAAGCUCAAGAACCAGUCUGAAAGCCACAAACAGGCUCAGGACAACCUUCACGAGCAGGUGCAGGAGCAGAAGACCCACCUGCGUUCAGCGCAAGACCGCUGCCAGAGCCUAGAGACCACCAUCUCUGAGCUUACCACACAGUUCACAGAGAGCAAAGAGAAGAUUGCCCAGCUAGACACACAGCUAAAAGCCAAGACUGAAAUGCUGUUGUCUGCUGAAGCAGCAAAAAAUGCCCAGAGAGCAGACUUGGAGAACCACCUAGAGACUGCCCAGAAUGCAUUGCAAGAUAAGCAGCAAGAGUUGAGUAAAGUGCAGGCUCAGCUGGAAGAGCAGGGCCGCAGGCUGCAAGAGAAGCAGGAGCAAUGCUCUCAGCUGGAGACCAGUCUGAAGGACAGCAGAGACAAACUGCUGACUGCAGAGCAGAGGAUAGAGACACUGGAGACCCAGACCAAGAAAGUAGAGGUAGAGUUAACUGAACUCUGCUCUGGAAGGGAACAGGCUCAGAAGGAGCAGCAGAUGCUGAAGAAGCAAAUCAGUGAGCUGGAGAUGAAGACAAAGGAGCUGAACCGUCUUUUAGACUCUGAGAAACAAGAAGCUGCCACCCAGCAAGAGGAGUUGAAGAAGAAAACGUCAGCCCUCUCCCAAACAAAACAACAGCUGGAGAAGGCAGAGCAGAAGCGUGCAACCCUGCAGGCCAGCCUGGAUAAACUGUCUCAGGAGGGUCAGAAGCAGCAAGCAGAGCUGGACAAGAAAGUUCAGGGUCUGAGUGCAGAUCUUAAGAAAACUCUGGAGGAGAAGGAAGCUCUGACUAAAGAAAUGGCAAUGGUGAAAGAGGCUCUGAGCAAAGCUUCUAAAGCUCUAAAAGAGAGCCAGACUCAAUUGGAGGCAGAGAAGAAGAGCAGCAAUGCCACUUUGGAGGAGAAGGAAAAGUUUUAUCAGAAAGCACAGCAAGAGCUUCAGAAAAACACAGAGACCGCUUCUAAAGAGCUCAGCCGUGUCAAAGGUCAGCUGGAGAAAUCAAUAGAGGCAGAAAAGGGGCUUCAAUCUCAGCUGACUGCACUGAACACUCAACUGAAACAGUAUCAAGAUACGCUGAAAGAGAAAGAAAAUCGUGUACAGCAGCUACAGGCAGAGCUGAAGACUACUCAGGGGUCCUUAAGCCUGGAAGUGAAGAAAUUUAAGGCGCAAGUGUCCGAGCUGCAGACUUCCUUCACUAAAAAGACUGAAGAGGAGGCAAAGCUGAAGGAGCAGGUGACGACAUUGUCUAAAGAUCUCAACUCAGAGAAGAAUCACUGUGCAGAACUGCAGAAGACCAGUGACAGCGCCAAAGAAAGUCUCGCCACCCUUCAGUCUGAUUACUACGGCAAGGAGUCUGAGCUCUCUGCUGUACGCCAGGACCUCAAGGUGUGUGAGGAGAAGCUGCUUCUAGCUCAGGAGGAGCUGGUGGCCAACAGAAACCAGCUGAGUGCUCACGAAACCCAGAUCCAGGAGCUAAAGACGGCCCGCACGGAGCUGGAGAAAGACCUCAGCAAGAGAGACGAGAAGAUCAAAAAGCAGGUGGAGGCUCUACAGAAGCUCCAGAAACAACAGAAACAAACUGAGGAGCAGCUGAAGAAGGAGAAGGCUCAAUGCGAGGAGCUCAAAGAGUGCCAGAGCGCUCUGGAGAAGGACAAAAACAAACUGUCUGCUGAUCUUAAAGCUCUGGCCGAGAAGAAUGAGAAGGAGCUGAAGGAGCUCCAGGCAGCGAAGCAGCUGUUGAUCCAGCAGAAGGUGGAGCUGCAAGGGAAGGUGGAGGCAGCUCAAGCAUCUCUGGAGCAGGAACAGAGAGAGCAUCAGAAGACCAGAGACUCCAUCAAACAAAAACAGCAGCAGCUCAAAUCUGAGACGGACAAACUACAACAGCAACUGGCAUCAGAAGUGAAGGCUAAAGAGGAGGUGGAGAAGCAGAGGGAAGAGGCGGAGGUGAAGAUAUCUAUGCAGGUGGCGGCACUGAACGAGAAUAUGGCGACGCUGAAGAGAGAGUGGCAGAGCAGCCAGAGACGGGUGGGUGAGCUGGAGAAACAGACGGAUGAGCUGAGAGGGGAGAUCGCCGUGUUGGAGGCCACCAUCCAGAACAACCAGGAUGAGAGGCGUGCACUGCUGGAGAGGUGUGUCCAGGGUGAGGGGGAGAUCGAGAAGCUUCAGGCUAAGUUAGUGGAGAUGCGCAGGAAGUUGGAUGACACUACAGCCGCCAUGCAGGAGCUUGGCCGUGAGAACCAGUCCUUACAGAUAAAGCAGUCACAGUCCCUCACGCGAAAGUGGGCGGAAGAUCACGAGGUGCAGAACUGUAUGGCUUGUGGGAAAGGCUUCUCUGUCACUGUCAGAAAGGUCUGCAUCAUGCAUACACACACGCUCACAUUCUUAUUUGAUGAUGCAGCCACUCGAAUGGAUCAAAGACUGUGA